UCGUCCCCCCCCCCCUAUGAACUCAUUCCCCUCUACUCUUAUUUCUUCUUUUCCCUCUUUUUCAACUUCUCUCACAAAGACCAGCACUCCUUUAGGGUAGGGGUGGGUGGAAUUGGGGGUUUAGAUGUUUUUUUUUUCCCUUCUCCUCCCCCCUUCCCUUCCUUUCACGCGCCUCCUUAUUGAAUGAUGAGGGUGGCUCCACCCUGCUCCACCCCACCUCUGCUCCCUUUUUUUCUCUCUCUUUCUCUCCCCCCAUCACUCUCUCCCUCUCUCGCCGUCUCUCCCGCUCUCCAUCUUGCUGCAUCUAUCCUGAGCUCCCCCCUCCCACCGUCUUUUGUGAGGGAUGUCUGAGGAAGGGGCCAUGCGUGCUGACUUGCACGUGCCAUGUGUCAGAAAAAAAGACGGGGCGAAGAGUUGAAGACACAGUGCGAUACCCGACACCCACAUCCUGAUAAAGGAUGAACCUCGAGGGGUCAGAGGGGACAGCAGACAAGGAUGACAAGGAAAGAGAAGGGAAGAAAGAAGGAAGGACAAAGAAGAAGAAAGAUUAAAAGAUAGAGAGUUUACAAGGGACAAGGGAAACAGAUGCAAAGUGACUGUUUAUAGUCAUGAGAUGUUUAAAUUAGUACCCAUAGAUGUGUUGGCAUUCACAAUUUAUAAAUAUCCUAGUCAGGCUGUGAAUCACAUCAUUAAACACACAAUGGAAGGAAAUGACAAGGAAAGAUCAAAUAGGAUUUCAUCUAGGAACACAAAUCACAACAAAAUAAAUGCCUCCGAAAAUGCCUUUGAGUGGGCGACUCAUUCAUAAUCUGCCUCAGACUCAGAGAGGCACCUGCUGACCCUAAUCCUGCCGGCAUCUGUGUGCGAGCGUGCGAGGCCACGGCUGUGGCUGCCAUGCCGACCAAUUGGAACGGCCUUGCGUGGCACGCACCCGUAGUAGCUGUCCGUCGGUACAGCCUGUGCAUGUGCAUAAGCAUGAUCCUAUCCCAAGACAGCUCUGGCAUGUAAGAGUGUGUGUGUGUGAGUGUGAGUGUGCGUGUGUUCCAGCCAGACUAACUACAGAGCAGCCAGUCAGAUCAUAUGGUUUCAUGGUAUGUGUGUGAGUUAGUGGUCAGACAGCAAGGGGGGUGGACAGAGAUGGGUUGGGGGGGUUGGGGGAAUGGACAGAAGGCUUCCAAGGGGAUCAGAUCUGAUUAGCUGCAGUGUUUCCAGUCUUCUCUGAUCUGGAUUUACAGGCAAGACCCAAUCAAAUUGGAUUGCAUGUGUAGCUCCCCUCCCCCGCACCUCCGCUCAUUGCUGUCACUGCAAAACUCCCCAACUUCCCAACUCAGUCAUCCUUGAAAUCGUCAUCCUUUCCACUGAGAAUCCACUGAUAAAGAUCUAUCAGAUGAACAACGUUUAAAAUUCGAGCACUUAACCUUCAGGUGGACAUAACCUUAAGGUUGGCUAGGGGUAGUGUAUAUGACAUACUACCCUACAAACAGACUGCACUGUAUUCUACAGUAUCAUCUUAUAUAUCCAUACUUACUUGUUUGUGUUUUGUGUGGGUUGCGGGCAUUGCAUGUGUGCUCGCCUUGGUGCUGAAAGUUACCUCAGCUCACUCUGAAACCCACACCGGUGUUUGCUGUGUCAGCGUGGGAGAGUAAGGAGGGUCUGACUAAUUCUCCAGCGCUCAGAUGACUCAGUGCUGUUGUGGGCUAUAUAUCUCACGAUAUCGCAUGUUGUCAUACAGCUCCGAGAAAUACUGUGUGGACGUGUAAUUCUGCGUAUUUAAGACCAGGCAGCGGAGUAGUGUCAUUGAAUGAACACGAUUGUCACACUUAUGGGUUUGCUUACUUUGUGGUUUGGGUUACACAAGACGACACACCACUGCAAUUACUGUGAUUGCACAUUCAAGAGUCCCAUUCGUGGUGGAGAUCCUUUGAUAUUCUAUGUGAGGUCAUAUCGGAAAUAAUGAUGAUAAUGAUGAACGUGUUCUGACAUCUGUCCUCUCUGACAUUCUGUCAAAUAGUAAUUACAAUGAAUCGUGCUAGGUGACGUUCUCUUCAUCUAAUGGGAUGCGUAUCAAGACUGUAUCGAGGGUGGCUCCAGUGCAUGGCCUCAGAGGAAGUGGCCAGAUGGAAAUCGGGUCCCAUGACCGCCUGGUGGAAGGCGUGUUGAGCCAGGAACCGACCAAUGGUGUGAGCAGGCACCUCCCCUGCGAGGAGGGAGAUGUGAGCGGAGGAGGGAAGCCCGGAGGUGAGCUGCCUCAGACCUGGGGAGCUGGAGUCACAAGCCAUGAUAAAGCAUCCUACCCCCAGCCCCAGUCGCUGACCCUGACACAGCCGCAGGCUCAACAGCAGCAGCAGCAGCAGCAGCAGCAGGGCUGUUGGAGUGGAGGAGCACUUAGCACCGUGGACAUGGAGGAUGCCAGGAACCUGGUGGCCCUCUCCGCCAGCGCUGGACCCCUACCACCAUCUGCCCACCCCGAGCCCCAGCCCUGCACUGCACUGCUGUACGAGAAGUUCAACCAGGAGAUGGCCGGCAGAGUGGACAAGGCCAGGCCUCCCGGUUGGGGAGCCGAGAGUGAGCGCUGCCCUCCCGAAGACAUAAACACUCUCCAGACAGCCCUGAGCCAGGCCAGGCACGGCCGUAAGCCCCCGAACUGUGACUGCGAUGGGCCCGACUGCCCCGACUACCUGGAGUGGCUAGAGAAGAAGAUAGCAUCCAACAGCCAGGGGAAGACGCAUUUCAAAAUGUCUGAAGCACUCCACUUGCACCCUCAGCCCCACCAGCCUUCCCAGCAUCCUCACCAACCCAACGGUGCAAGCUCCAACUGUGAGCAGGGUCCUCCUCCACAGGCCCACAGUGAAAAGCCUCCAGUCCCAAUUCCGUUCUCCCCUGCUCCUAUCCCAUGUUCCCCCAGUGUGCUGUCCAUUGCUAAAGAGAAGAACAUCAGCCUGGAGACGGCCAUUGCCCUGGAGGCUCUCACCCAGCUGUCUGCCACCAUCCCGCAAACAGUGAUCCCUCCUGCAGAAGCAUCCGCCACAAAUCACCCCCAGCAUUACACACCCCACCACCUGUCCUCGCAUCCACAACAUGGGAACAGGCUAGUGCUAUCAUCUCCAGCACACAUGUCUUCUUCCUCCUCCUCUCCGAUGCCACAGCAGUCUGUCCCUCCUGGAGUGGACCCACAGCAGGACUCCCAUCCCUGGGAGCAGCACAGGCCCCGUUCUCAGGGGGAGGCCCCUGCACCCCGCAUGAUGCCUCACCAUCCCUCCCCGUACUCGCCCUCAGUCUCGCCCUUCCCUGGUCCACAUCCCCAGGACGGCACCAGAAGCCCUCUACCCCAGCAGUGGCAGCAGGGUCCUCUGGGAAGUUGCGGGAAGAGUUCCCCCAUGACCCCUUGGAUGGGGAUGAACGUCGACUCCCAGCCUCGAUACCCUCAUCCACCCCAAGGCAGCGGUGACCCCAUGUCCGAGCUGAAGCAGCUGCUGGGAGAUGCCAGUGGGAAGUACACAAAUGCUGGCUUCAGGUUCCCUCCCCCCCAGCUCCUGCCCAACGAAAAAGGUGGCCCACAUGUGAGAACACCCAAUAUCAAGCAGGAAGUGGACAAUGGCGAGUAUCUGAGCUCGGCCAUGGGGCGGUAUGGAAUGAUGAACGGCCAGCAGUUCCAGCAGCUCCAGCAGCAGUACCCCCCGUCCCCUCUUUCCCCCAACCCCCUGUCCAUCAGGCACUCAACUCAGGCAGCACUUCAACAGCACCUUCACCACAAGCGAAACCUCUUCUCCAACCCCCUGUCUCCCAGCCAGAGGGCCCCCAUGAUGUGCCAGAAUCUGCGCAAGUGGUGGCCCCAGAUGGGGCCCGACAUGCCCAUGAUGCCCAUCAAGCAGGAGCCAAAAGAGCCUAAGAAGAAGACCCCCCAGAGCUCCCCGCACCUCAAGUUGGGUCCCCCUUUGCCCAAACCCAAACCGAUUGUCAUUAAGAAAGUAAAGCAGAAAGCUUCACAGCCCACCUUCCUGCCACAGAACCAGAUAGUCUUACAAAAGGCUAUGGCAAAGGCCCAAGCCCAGGCCGCUCAGUUUCUGCCUGGCAAGGAGGCAGGUUCUCUCCCGUCUCUGCCCUUCUAUAACCCCUCUCAGGCUGUUGUGGCUACCGUGCCCUCAGCUCAAUCUCAGGAAUCCAUUUUGAACAUUUGUAGUGUUCCCUCCUCGGCUUCCAGUGUCCCUGGAAACACCCCACCCGUGUCCGUCCCGCUUCCUGUCGCCCUGCCUGCACCACAAGAAGAUUCGGCGACUUCAGGCUCCUCCGGUGGGCCCGCAUCAGGUGCGCUCACCUCCAGCACCUCUACACCUCAGACCUCUGCAGCUCAGCCCACACCUCUCCUCACAGGUCUCAGUUCGCUCGACCCCAAGUUUGAGGAUCUGAUCCGCCAGUUUGAGGAAGAGUUCGGGGAGACCACCUCAUCCGCUUCCGCUGCUGCCUCAGACGCCCCAUCAGCCACCACCCCCAAUGGUCCUCACGCCCAGAUCCAACCGGAAGGUUCUGGUCAGCCAGAGGCAAUGGAACCCCAACAAGAUGCUAACUCAGGGCAAGCUAAACCCACGUCACCACCUGCAGAGCAGCCCAACAUCUUCCCGGGGGCCCUUUCAGAUGGCCAACUGGCCAUGGAGGUGGGAAAGCAGACAGAAGCUAGUGUUGCAAGUGAAGGAGCUCCUCCAGCUUCCACCCAGCCCUCUGCUGUGAGCCAGAUAAGUCAGCAGGGUGAGCUCCCCUUGUCCACAGAUCCUCCGGUGUCCAUUUCCCAUGAAGCUCUUCUGGAGCAGCAGCAGUGCCAAAGGCUCCAGGAUCCCUUCGCCACACCUGGCUCCCCAGCAUCCAAACGCAUGAAGAUCGAGUCAUCCGGAGGCGUGACGGUGCUCUCCACAACCACCAGUUGUUACACCCCCAAUUGGGAGGACGACACCCCCACGAAGGAUGGCCUCCCCAUGACACCCUCACUAAACGGCUUCCUGGAGUCACCGCUGCGCUACCUUGACACCCCUACAAAAAAUCUGCUGGACACCCCUGCCAAGGAUUCCCAGGCUGAGUUUCCCCUUUGUGACUGCGUGGAACAGAUCCUGGAGAAGGACGAGGGGCCGUACUACAACCACCUGGGGUCUGGACCCACCGUGGCCUCAAUCAGAGAACUUAUGGAGGCCAGGUAUGGAGAAAAGGGAGAGGCCAUCCGCAUUGAGAAAGUGGUUUACACUGGGAGGGAAGGGAAGAGUUCUCAGGGAUGCCCAAUUGCAAAAUGGGUGAUCCGGCGCAGCGGAGAGAAAGAGAAGCUGAUGUGUCUGGUGCGCCACCGGGCAGGGCACCACUGUGCCAACGCCGUCAUCAUCAUUCUCAUCAUGGCAUGGGAUGGUGUGCCACGUUCCCUUGCCGACAAGCUCUACCAAGAGCUCACUGAGACAAUAACCAAGUUUGGCAACCCCACCAGCCGACGCUGUGGACUCAAUGAUGAUCGCACCUGUGCUUGCCAGGGGAAGGACCCUGAUACCUGCGGUGCCUCCUUCUCCUUUGGGUGCUCCUGGAGCAUGUAUUUUAAUGGGUGCAAGUAUGCCCGCAGCAAGAUUCCCCGCAAGUUCAGACUGCAGGGAGACCGUCCCGAUGAGGAAGGGAAUCUCGGUGAGAACUUCCAGGAUCUGGCCACAGAAAUGGCUCCCCUGUACAAGCAGCUGGCCCCCAAGGCGUACAGCAACCAGUGUCUGCAUGAGAGUGAGGGUUCAGAUUGUCGACUCGGAUUGAAGGAAGGGAGGCCCUUCUCUGGAGUCACGGCCUGCAUGGACUUCUGUGCCCACGCCCACAAAGACCAGCACAACCUGCACAACGGUUGCACUGUGGUAUGCACUCUGACGAAAGAGGACAAUCGGACGGUGGGUGAGCUUCCAGAUGACGAACAGCUGCACGUGCUUCCGCUCUACAAGGUUUCCAAUGCCGACGAGUUUGGCAGCGUGGAGAACCAGCGCCUUAAGAUGCAGACCGGGGCCAUCCAGGUGCUAAACAACUUUCGACGUGAGGUCCGGAAGCUCCCUGAGCCGGCCAAGUCUUGCCGCCAGCGCCGGCUGGAUGCCAAAAAGGCUGCGAUGGAGAAGAAGAAGGGGCAGAAGAUGCCCUCAGAGACACCAGAGAAGACCAUCAAAACUAAGACGAUCCAUAGUGGAUCCCCACACCUUCAGCAAGGCAAUAAAGCAAUCCCAAAACAAGAAAUGAAGCCCAUCAUCAAAAAAGAGCCUGUAGAUCGAUACCAUUCCUUUAAUGGUGCCCUGCCACCGGGCUACCCAGCACCAGGGAACGGCCAGACAGCUGAGACCUACGGGGGCAUGAACAACGCCUACUCCUUCCCUGGAUACUAUGCAAGAGGAGGCCUCCCUUCCAACAGCCAGACUCCUGCAGCGGCGCCCAUCAACGGCUUUCACCCGAAUCUUCCUGCACUGCCCUACGGUUAUUGCAACUACCCCCCUAAAGCACUAUUCCCUCCGGAGCUCAUGGGCUAUGAGGGCCGGGGUGGAUCAUGGCCUAAAGGAGUGGCAGCAGCAGCCACAUCCAUCGACCAGAAGCCAGACAUUCAAAGCCUGCAAGCCAGGCUGGGACAUGCCUACCCCGAUCAGCAAACAGAAGACCCAGCUGCCCGUGGGUACGUUACUUCCUCCAACACCCCACAGCCCCAUGGCCGCGCAAGCCACACUCCCACUUCCCCAGCAGAGUCUCGCAGAGCCACACCAAUCAUUAAGCAGGAGCCCAUGGAUGUCGCGGUUUAUGGCAACAGCAGGCAGGACGCAGGCUCCCAGAGCUGUCCAGGCACUCCCAGCACCACCCCGCAGCCUUCCGAGAGUUGGCCCAGCCAAAAGCCCAAUGGCCUGAUGCCCAAAAGCUGGGAGGGUCCACACAGACCAGGUUCUGCAAACUCUCCCUUCACCCCAGACAAGCAGAUGCUCCACCAGAAUCCCACCCAUCACCCUCAAUACCCUUACCCCCAGCAGCAACAACAACAGCAGUGGAACCAUUUCCAUGGCCGUAAUACCCCUAUGGCCUCUCCAGCUCCUUCUCCAUCACCGUCACUCACGCAGGGCUUCUCUCCAGCACCAUCUCCUCAUCCCUCCACCCCACGCCACUGGGAAAGUCCAUCACCAAGUGGUCAGCCCAAAGCUUGGCCUGCAGGAUCUGCCGGCUUCCCAGCUGUAAAACUUGAGAACCCCGCCGGAGGUUUCCCAGAUAAGAUGCUUUCUCGGGUAGGCGAGAGUCGGGGCUCCACUCCACUUGGGCUCCAGGAGAAAGCCUGGAGGACUAGCGGCGGUUCCGUUGCCGGCAGCACCCCAUCCCCAACCCCAGAGGGACGCCAGUUCCCUGACAUGCUGCAGCGGCCAGAUGCUCAAGGCAGCUGGAUGCCCUGUAAGGCAGAGAGCGAGACGGAGAGCCAGGGAGAGCGCGAGCUGGAUGACGAUGGGGUGUGGUCGGACAGCGAGCACAACUUCCUGGACCCAAACAUCGGUGGUGUGGCAGUGGCUCCUGCCCACGGCUCGGUGCUGAUCGAAUGUGCCCGGCGCGAGCUGCACGCCACCACCCCGCUCAUGCGGCCCAACCGCUCCCACCCGUCGCGCAUCUCCCUCGUCUUCUACCAGCACAAGAACCUCAACCAGCCCGCCCACGGCCUGGCGCUGUGGGAGGCCAAGAUGAAGCUGUUGGCUGAGAGGGCACUUCAGCGGCAGCAGGAGGCUGUCUUGCUCGGCCUGCCCCCGGAGGACAUUAAGGCUUUCGGCAAGAAGCGCAAGUGGGCCUCGGGAGCAGCCAGUCCCAGCCCCGGGCCAGCCAAGGACAAGAGGGAGGGGGUCGCAACGCGACUCGCUCCCACACUGAACACCUCCUCGCUGAUCACCGUGUCAUCCUACGCCUACACACAGCUCACGGGGCCAUACAGCCGACUGGUCUGAGCCCAGCUGCUGGAGGGUUUGUGGGACUUUUGGACAUGGUCAGGGAUGGCAUAAAGGAGUGCUGGGAAGAUAUACAGGUCUUGCUGUCACCCUGUACCUCCUCCUGCUUCUCGUUCCAGCUCUUCUAUCCCCUUCCAGCACACCCAAACAGGUGGGUGAUGGGCAGGGGAAAUUGACUUGUUUGCUCUUGUUUUUUUUUUUUACCUCAUAUUUGGCGGCAGUUGGGGUAUCUUCUCAACAGACACGCUGCCCAUGGUGCUCUUCUCCUCUCUUUCAUGAGAGGAUCUCAUUGUUCCUUCACCUUCAUUGAAUGAUCCCCUAAUUAUUAUUAUGACUAUAAUUAUCAAUAUUACGAUUGCUAUUGUUACUGUAAACGUCGAUAUUGCAGGUAUUGUUGUUACAUAAUGAAGAUGAUUGUUUUUUAUUUUAAUAUUAUUGUUUUCACUCAUGUUGAUAUUAAUAUUUUAGACCCUUUUUUAAACGGUCGUGUAAGAGUGACCUCUCUGUCACGUCUCAUGAGUUUCUAUUACUUUUCUUUUUGGCCUUUUUCCAUCGGUCCACCUCUGGAACAGAAGAGGAUUUUUUUUCACAAUGGCUAGACACAGGUGCAACUGCAACGAAACUGAGAGAGAAAGAUGACCUUCUUUGCUUAAAAGGAUAAAAAGACUUCAAGGUGAAACAAACAAACAGAAAAUGAGCAUGUGACCAAAACCGGGAGAAGUCCUGACGCACACCACCGGAGGAGCACUUUUUCUGUGCCUCAGCUAGCCUAAGGAGGGAGGCCCUAAAAAUCGGCUACCCUCUCCUCUCCGGUGCUUCUUCAUCGUGUUUUCCAGAAGGGCAUACGAGUCCCACUCGUGUCUCCUACUUGCUGCACUGGCCUACAGCUGAAGCUAUAUCAACGGUGCUCUCUCUCUCUCUCUCACAGCAGAUUUCAAUCAGGCACAUCCUACGGGCAGCCGCAAGGGUCUUAAAUGGAGUGAGGGAAUGAGAAAGAGUCUCAUGUCUCUCCAGUGAAAUGGUGCUCAUAUAGUUCUCUCAUCGGUGCUGCAGCGACUGUUGAUGGCCUACUGUCAAUCACGACACACAUAGACACACACACACAUUCUCAAACACAGUCACAGACACACACACACACACACACACCAUCAGGCACUCCCUUUUGAGCACUGCACGUGGAAUUUUAGGAGUUCUCAUUUUCGGCUCAGUCUUCUCAAGCUAUUGAGACUAAUGCUGGAGUUUGGUGCUAAUAAGGGUCGUUUUCUUUACUUUGUCAUCAGAGAGGGUGGCAUUAUGUCCCCCCCUCCUCAGACCCUGUCACUGGAGAUUUAGGCAGAGGUUUAGACGGUGGAGCCCUCCAGUUACCACACAUCAGCAAAGCAUGACAUCUCAGCUUUUAGCCUGUGCGUGUGUCUGUCUGUCCGUGUGUUUGCGUUUGUUUUAGAUAAGUGUGUGUGUAUGACCGAGGGCCUGUGGCUUUCUGUUUGUGUGGGUGGGAGUGUGUUUGACCACAUCUGUCAGGAGUAUGGCGAGGGCUACAGCUGGUUUACGGAGGGCUGGACAUUGCAUGGUGCUUACCGCUAAUAGGGACGUUGGUGCUCAUUCGGUAGUGAGAAGCUCUCUAUACCUCAUGUUGUAGAGUCACUGGUCACUAGUCAUAGCAUGCUACAAACAUGCAGAUGCCUCAGAGUGAGUGCUUGCUGCCUACAUACACGUUGUGAUCUUUUUUUAUUAUUAUUAUUUAUUAUAUAAUAAUAAUGAUUAUUCUUAUUGUGGUUGUUUUUUCCAUUUUGUUUUUAAUGUUUCAUUUUAACUAAGACAAAUUGUACAUAGAGAAGAAAAAGAUUUUAUAAAAGCACUUUUAAUCCUGAUUUUAAUUGAGAAAAAAAGCGGAUUAUGGAUAACUUGAAACAAAGUUUUUCUUUUAAUGGAAGUUUAUUGGGAGAGAUAGAAAUGUAAAUAUUUAAAUAUUUAGGUAAGAUUAUUUAACUGGUGAGGUGUCAUGACUACACCAUGAAUGAUUCCGUGAUUUCUAGUCAACAAUUGUCAGUACGUCAAGCCCUUAAAACAACAGAUAAAGACAACCUGAUGUGUUUGGUUUGUAACAUGUAUACCUUAUACUGCUGUCCUGCUCUUCAUAUGUACUGUACUACACCAAUACCUCUAACACAAACCGCUCCCUCUCCUCAACAACCCUCUCUAUGAACCAGGUAACAAAACAACCCGUUUAAAACUCAAGACUGUUUUAGGAUGAUAGUGAAGAACGAAAAAUAAAUGUACACAAUGAAGAACUGCUCAUUCUUAAAAAAAAAAAAAAAAAAAAGAAUCCACAGCGGUUAUGUUGGAAUCAUGAACCAUAAAUUGUAUAAACAGACGAACAGCCCUUCCCCAUAAGUCAAUAUGGCUGUGCGGCCAUGUGUUUUUAUUUCCCAUCACAUACCCAAAUCAAUCCCCCCGUCCCAUUGCAGCACUUUUCAUGGCAGGUUUCCAGCACUCUCACUCUCCACCAGGUUUUGAAAUCAUUAAACCUUUUUCUAGAGUUUGAUGUAAACAUUAACAGGCAACAGUAGAACUCAGCGGACAUUUUGUCAGCAUAAGAUAUUCUGACCCCUAUUUAAACUCGUUUGUGCAUGAGCAUCCCCCCUCUUUUUGGCGUUCUCCAGUUAACACCCAUUUUUGUAUUCCUCUCCAUGAAAUGUGGAGAAUGGAAGAUAGGAUGGAAAAAAAACAUGGGAUCAUGCCACAGAAAGGUCUCUCCCCAAAAACAUGUCUGCAGAGGCCCAGUACUAUGGUGCUAACCCUGGAGUUCACUGUGGAAUAAUGGGAAAGAACAAGAAGCCAUUUUUCUUUUUUUCAUAAGUUUGUUUUUGAGCUCUUAAAAUGAAAGGUGAACCAUUGUUUCCAUCCCUCAGUGUGCUUUAGGAAAUGUCUUUGGUGCUGAUCUUAUUUUUUAAGUAAAGUAAUGGAAACUGUUUAUCACAUGUGAAUCAAAAAUACUCAUCAUUAUAAAAAGCACUCUUUCCAAGAUACAGUCUGUCCUUAAUUACUAAAUAUGGUACUUGAAGAAGACUUUGAAUGCCUGAUUACAUUUCACAGGUAGACAUAAAGAUCCUUAUACUAUUGAAGAGAACAGACUGUUAAACAAAAACUUGUUCUAGUGAAUUAGAUACAGAAAUUGACAUGACAAUUGUUUUUAGUGUGUUACCCUUAACUGUUUAUGUUAUUAUGAAUCCACAAGCACUCACACAUACACUGUCACACUUUCUCCUCAAUUAUGUAGUGUGCCCCCUCUCCCUCUCGAAAUUCUUAGCGGAGUCAUGGUCGGAGCUAUGAUCAUAACCUAUAAACAUAUAUACAUAAGAAAACUGGCAGCUACAUUCCUUUAUGGGUUAAAGAUUGUUCUUGAUUCUGGUUUUUUUUUUUAUUAUUAUUAUUUAAUGCCAAGUAUGCAGUAUGUAUAAAAGUGUUUUCUUUUUGUUCGGUCUCUCUCAUUGUAGCUGUGUGGUGUAUUAAGUGAAUAUAUAGUGUAUGUGGUUAAACCCACAGUAUUGUUUUAUGUUCUGCGAUAAUGAGUAAAAAAAAGAAUAAAAAUGAAAAUUUAAAAAGAAA